CCACCCCCAGCCUCCCCCCGCAGAUAUACAAGGGCGGGCCGCAGUCGCAGCACACCGCCUGUACACCCAUCCUCCUAGUUAACCAUCUGCUCAGUCUCCAGCUCCAGCCCUGCCUCCUCCUCCUCCUCCAGAUGUUUUCCGCUCUCUGAUUGACGCAGCACCAUCUUCCAGACUCCAGCUCGUCCAUCCCCAGUAAACUCGGUCCGAGCAUCUCUCGAAUCGCUCGCUACAGGGGCGGAUUCGACACGCAUGGAUGCGCUACGAGAUGCUGUUCGCUGAUGGAACAGAUGGAGAAGAAAAAUAAAUAACAGGAAACAUCGGAUGACGCCCACAUAUUUUUUGUAACAUUAUAAGCAGCCGCGGUCGUCGAGUCUGGGCGUUUAGGUGCUUGGUGUCGCGUGGUUGAGCCGGCCUCUUACAGAUCGACAGACAGUCUUCUUGCAGUAGCAGCAUCGUCAACCCUUACCCCCCCCACCCACUGGCACCAUGGCUACGGCCUCUGUCAAGGUGGCGGUGAGGGUCCGACCCUUCAACUCCAGAGAAAUGGGGAAGGACAGCAAGUGCAUCAUCCAGAUGUCGGGGAACACCACCAGUGAGUUGAAACCCCAACAGCCUAAAGAGAACAAAAGCUAAUUUGACUACUCUUACUGGUCACACACCACGCCAGAGGACAGCAACUUUGCGUCCCAGGUUCAGGUGUACAGGGACAUCGGGGAGGAGAAUGCUGCUCCACGCCUUCGAGGCUACAACGUCUGCAUCUUCGCCUACGGACAAACCGGAUCGGGGAAGAGCUACACCAUGAUGGGCCGACAGGAGAAGGACCCAGAUAGGAAUCAUUCCUCUGGUGCGCACCGUCAAACCUGUGCUGACCCGUUCACCAAGUUCAGCGACACCAACAAUGACAACAGCAAGUCCUAUUCGGUGGAGGUGAGUUACAUGGAGAUCUACUGCGAGCGCGUUCGCGACCUGCUGAACCCCAAGAACAAGGGGAACCUGCGGGUCCGCGAGCACCCUCUGAUGGGACCCUACGUGGAGGACCUGUCCAAGCUGGCCGUCACCUCCUACAACGACAUCCAGGACCUCAUGGACUCCGGCAACAAGGCCAGGACGGUGGCCGCCACCAACAUGAACGAGACCAGCAGCCGUUCUCACGCCGUCUUCAACAUCAUCUUCACCCAGAAGAAGCACGACAUGGACUCAGAGAACACCUCCGAGAAGGUCAGUAAGAUUAGCCUGGUGGAUCUGGCUGGCAGCGAAAGGGCUGACUCCACGGGGGCCAAGGGCACCAGACUGAAGGAGGGAGCAAAUAUCAACAAAUCUCUGACCACACUGGGGAAAGUCAUCUCCGCUUUAGCCGAAGUGGACUCAGCACCAAACAAGAACAAGAAAAAGAAGAAAGUGGAGAAUCAUAUUCCAUACCGAGACUCGGUUCUUACAUGGCUGCUGAGAGAAAACCUGGGGGGGAACUCCCGUACGGCCAUGGUGGCGGCCCUCAGCCCGGCAGACAUCAACUACGACGAGACCCUCAGCACACUCAGAUACGCCGACCGCGCCAAGCAGAUCCGCUGCAACGCCGUGAUCAACGAGGAUCCCAACAACCGACUGGUGAGGGAGCUGAAGGAGGAGGUGUCCCGCCUCAAGGAGCUGCUGUUCUCCCAGGGCCUGGGGGACAUCAUCGAGACGUAUCGAUCCACCGACCCUGUCAUCACUGGUUUGAAAUACCUGUGCGAUUACAAAAACACAGUGAAUAAUCGCCAGGCUGGCCAUCAAAGGGGUGAUCUCUCCACAGUAACCCACGCCAUGACUGGGAUGAGCCCCUCCCCCUCCCUCUCCGCCCUGUCCAGCCGGGCCGCCUCCAUCAGUAACCUCCACGACCGCAUCUUCAGCCCCGCCAGCGAGGAGGCCAUCGAGAGGCUCAAGGAAACAGAGAAAAUCAUCGCAGAGCUGAACGUGACGUGGGAGGAAAAGCUGCGACGCACUGAGUCCAUCCGCAUGGAGAGAGAGGCCCUGCUUGCUGAGAUGGGCGUGGCCAUGAGGGAAGAUGGGGGCACCGUAGGCGUCUUCUCCCCGAAAAAGACUCCUCAUUUGGUGAACCUCAACGAAGACCCACUGAUGUCUGAGUGUCUCCUGUAUUACAUCAAAGACGGCGUCACCAAGGUUGGCCGGGACGACGCCAAGACCCGUCAAGACAUUGUCCUCAGCGGCCAUUUCAUCCAGGAUGAACACUGCACGUUCAGCAGCAGCACAGGGCCCCAGGGAGAAGGAAAUGUCAUCCUGGACCCGUGUGAAGGCGCAGAGACCUAUGUCAACGGCAAGAGAGUGACCACCCCCAUUGUGUUAAAGUCUGGGAACCGCAUCAUCAUGGGUAAGAGCCACGUGUUCCGCUUCAACGACCCGGAGCAGGCCCGCAUGGAGCGGGAGAGGACCCCGUGCGCGGAGACCCCCGUGGAGCCCGUGGACUGGGCGUUCGCUCAGAGGGAGCUGCUGGACAAACAGGGGAUCGACAUGAAGCAGGAGAUGGAGCAGAGACUGCAGGAGCUUGAGGACCAGUACCGCAAGGAGAGGGAAGAGGCCAGCAAUCUGCUUGAGCAGCAGCGACUGGACUAUGAGAGCAAACUGGAGGCUCUUCAGAAACAAGUGGACUCCCGCUGUCUGGAGUCCCCCGAGGAGGAAGAGGAGCCAGAGGAGGAAGUGCCGUGGACUCCACGCGAGACUGAGCUCGCUUUGUGGGCCUUCCGGAAGUGGCGCUUCUACCAGUUCACCUCGCUCCGCGACCUGCUCUGGGGAAACGCCAUCUUCCUCAAGGAGGCCAACGCAAUCAGCGUGGAGCUCAAGAAGAAGGUCCAGUUCCAGUUUGUGCUGCUGACCGACACCCUGUACUCCCCGCUGCCCCCCGACCUGCUGCCCGCCAGCGCGGCAAAGGAGAGGGAGAGGAGGCCCUUCCCCAAGACCAUCGUCGCAGUCGAGGUCCAAGACCAGAAGAAUGGAGCCACACACUACUGGACUCUGGAGAAACUCAGGCAGAGGCUUGACCUGAUGAGGGAGAUGUAUGACCGAGCUGCGGACGUGCCCAACAGUGGCGUGGAGGAGUGCGACCCCGCCCUGACCGGGGGAGACCCCUUCUACGACCGCUUCCCCUGGUUCCGUCUGGUGGGCAGGGCCUUUGUGUACCUCAGUAACCUGCUGUACCCGGUGCCGCUGGUGCAUCGCGUGGCCAUCGUGAGCGAGAAGGGAGAGGUGAAGGGGUUCCUCAGGGUGGCCGUCCAAGCCAUCUCAGCCGACGAAGAGGCCCCAGACUACGGCUCGGGCGUGAGGCAGUCCGGCACUGCCAAGAUAUCCUUCGAGGACCAGCAGUUUGAGAAGUUCCAGACGGAGACGUGCCCGGGGGGUCUGCCCUACUCCCACAGCUCCCAGGAGGAGCUGCGCAUCGUAGAGGGCCAGGGACCGUCCUCCGAGGUGGGCAUCUCUGCCGACGAGGUCAACAACAACACCUGCUCAGCUACCCCAGAGCCCCCCCUCAGCCCCCUGAAGGGUCUGGGGCUGGGUCCGGGCCUGGACGCCCUGGAGCUGUCCCAGGAGAAGGCCCUGAGCCACCUGAAGGUGGGGAGCACCUUCACCUUCAGGGUGACGGUCCUCCAGGCCUCCAGCAUCUCUGCAGAGUACGCCGACAUCUUCUGCCAGUUCAACUUCAUCCACCGCCAUGACGAGGCGUUCUCCACAGAGCCACUGAAGAACACUGGGAGGGGACCUCCGCUAGGGUUCUACCACGUUCAGAAUAUCACAGUGGAGGUGACCAAGUGGUUCCUGGAGUACAUCAAGACGCAGCCCAUCGUGUUUGAGGUCUUCGGACACUAUCAGAAACAACCGUUCCCCCCCCUCUGCAAAGACAUGAUCAGUCCCCUGAGACCAUCCAGGAGACAGUUCCCCAGGGUGAUGCCCUUGUCCAAACCAGUGCCGGCCACCAAGCUCAGCACUCUGAAACGUUCCACCGCCGGGCCCUGCCACUCCAAGUACGACCUCAUGGCCUUCUUCGAGAUCUGUGAGCUGGAGGCCAACGGAGACUACAUCCCCUCUGUGGUGGACCAUCGAGGUGGCAUGCCCUGCCACGGGACCUUCCUCUUGCACCAGGGAAUUCAAAGGAGGAUUACCGUUACCAUAGCGCACGAAACAGGAAACGAUAUUGAGUGGAAGGAAGUGAAGGAGCUUGUUGUCGGUCGCAUCAGAAACACCCCAGAAGCAGAUGAGACUAUCAUAGACCCCAACAUCCUCUCCCUCAACAUCCUCUCCUCUGGAUACUACUGGCCCAAGCACGACGACAAUGUCUCCUUGGGAGUUGACCAUAGGACCUUCUACCGGUUUGAGGCGGCCUGGGACAGCUCCAUGCACAACUCUCUGCUUCUGAACCGAGUCACCCCAUACGGAGAGAAGAUCUACAUCACACUCUCAGCUUACCUGGAGAUGGAGAACUGCACGCAGCCAACCGUGAUCACCAAGGACUUCUGCGUGGUGUUCUACUCCCGCGACGCCAAGCUGCCCGCCCCGCGCUCCAUCAGGAACCUGUUCAGCACCGGAUGCCUCCGGCCCUCAGAGAGCAACCGGGUCACGGGGGUCUACGAGGUGACGCUCUGCCACGUGGCAGAUAAUGGAAGUCCAGGCAUGCAGCGGCGGCGUCGGCGCGUGCUGGACACGUCGGUGGCGUACGUCCGCGGCGAGGAGAACCUGGCCGGGUGGCGGCCGCGCAGCGACAGCCUCAUCCUGGACCACCAGUGGGAGCUGGAGAAGCUCAGCCUUCUGCAGGAGGUGGAGAAGACCCGGCACUACCUGCUGCUAAGGGAGAAGCUGGAGGCCACGCUGCAGGCGGGCCAAGAGGCGCUCUACAAGACCAGCGACGCCAGCCAGCUCAGCCCCGCCCUGAGCCCCGUGAUGAGCCCCACCGUGGCCGGCCCCCCGGCCCCACAGAGCCCCGCCCCCUUCAGCCUGGCCCCCCUCAGCCCCGUCCCUCUCAGCCCCAACCAGCGGCAGAGGGAGCUGGCUGCCAAGUGUCUGCGUCUGCUCAUGCACACCUUCAACAGGGAGUACAGCCAGGUGAGCAGCAGUGCCAGUGAGAGCAAGCUGUCUGAGAUGUCGGCGUCUCUCAUGAGCUCCACUUGCUCGGGCCUGAGCACACUCACCCCGUCCUCCACCUGCCCCUCAUUGGUCGAGGGGAACUAUGACAUCAGACAUACUGAGCCCGGUUCAGGGGCCUCUACUCCAGACCUGGACCCCUUCAGCCCGGUGGACAAGAGGAAGGCCCUGCGAGGAUGCACGUUUGUUCCAGACAUCCAAGAGAUCCGCGUCAGCCCCAUCGUAUCCAAGAAGGGCUACCUCCACUUCCUGGAGCCGCACUCCAACGGCUGGGUGAAGCGCUACGUGGUGGUGCGCCGACCCUACGUCUACCUGUACCGCAGCGAGAGGGACAGCGUGGAGCGCGCCGUCAUCAACCUGUCGUCGGCUCAGGUGGAAUACAGCGAGGACAAGCAGACUCUGCUGAGGACCCCCAACACGUUUGCGGUGUGCACGGAGCACCGGGGCAUCCUGCUCCAGGCCAGCAACGACAAGGAGAUGCACGACUGGCUGUAUGCCUUUAACCCUCUGCUGGCUGGUACCAUCAGGUCUAAGCUAUCCAGGAGGAAGUCAGUCCAGUCGGCCAUCUUUUGAGCCGGACGACACUACAACGCAACAACACAACAAAACAAGCUUAAUUUACCUUCUGACCACCGUGUAAAUAGAUAUAAACAAACGUAUUCAUAGCCCGUUCAGAUAAUGCUCGGUGUAACCCCCCCCCCCCCCCCCCCCCCACCCGGUCACAAACAACUCUCCAGCACACACACCUGAAAAAAACGAAUCAUCCCAAAAUGGCCGCCUUUUUUACUCAUGUAUUAAUUUGUAUUUUGUUGCUGCCUUAGCGAGCCCUGCACGGUUUGUUCCCCUGCUGACCUCGCCCUAACCCUGCCCUGUAGAGACCACAGGAUAGACGCCUCGCACUAUUCCCCCGGUCAUGACGUUAUCUUAUACUGGGUACUGAAAAUCGUUGUCAGUAGCUGCCCUCCUAUGUCCACGUCAUGUCCUCCUAUGUCCACGUCCAGUAGUACAUGUAGUACAUCUGGCAUUAUCUAGUUAUUUCCCUGUAGACCCCAUCCCCUAGACCAAUGCUCCCCUCCAGAUAUUUAUGAUGUGGUUCAUGAAAUACCCCUCCCCAAAUAUUUGAUGUACAUAUAAAUCCAUCCUUAUGGUAAACAAACCCGCUGUUGCUCCAUGGAUAUCGUCAGACGAGGAAGAGAGAAAUACCGUGACCCCCUUCUUGUGCAGUCUUUAUCCCAGAUAGGCCCGUGUCCCUCUCUGUGGGUUUAGGGGAGCGAGGGGACAAUAGCAUUCCCUGCAGUGUGUCCUCUUCACCCCCCCCCCCCCCCCCCCCGCUGAAGCAGCGCUAGACGUUACCUCAGUUUGGAACCGACCCCACAGCUCACUGGGAGCUUUGAGUAGCAGGCUACGGUUGGAUAUUACACCAGACGUGCACACACACACACACACGCAGACAGAGACACAGAGAAACACACACAGAGAAACACACACACACACACACACACACACACACACACACA